GUAUCUAUUAACAUGUGCUGAUGUGCCUUUUAAAAACGAACAGGUUCCAGAGAAAGACAUCGCGAAAGGACAGGUCGCUGGCUUUGUAAAGGCCUGGGAACUUUAUGGAAAUCCCAAGGCCAUUAUCGUAUUUGUGGUUCUUCAUAAUGAACGCUACGCCAUGGACCAACGCUUGAUGGAAUUUGAAAUUUAUAAACAGAAUCCUAACAUCCGAGUAGUGAGAAAAACGUUUAAUGAUUUAAUUCGGUAUGGGAAAUUGACCAAAAACAGAAAGUAUCUUGUUGAAACAGAGGAAGUGGCUGUGGUUUAUUACAGAGCUGGCUAUAAUCCUACAGAAUUUACAACUGAUCAGAUCUGGAAAGUGCGACUAGAAAUUGAGCAAGGUAGAUGUAUAAAAUGUCCACCGAUUCAUUAUCAACUCGCAGGAACCAAGAAAAUACAACAACUAUUAUCAGAGCCACGAGUUUUAAACAGAUUUAUUGAAGAUACUGACGUUAUAGAUUUGAUACAGUCUACCGGGCAAUAUAACUUAGAUUUAGUAGAAGAAGGUGACAGAGCUAUUAAAAUGGCGAUCAAAAACCCAGACCAGUUUGUGUUGAAACCACAGAGAGAGGGAGGAGGGAAUAAUUUGUAUGGAAACAAAAUGAAAGAAUUUCUGGAAAGUAUCCAAGACUCGGAGGAACGCUGUGCUUAUAUUUUGAUGGAUUUAAUCAAGCCAGUAAAAAGUUAG